AAUUUUUUUGUCAUUUUUCAGCGCGAAUGCAUAUCGAUUCAUAUCGGGCAAGGCGGUGUCCAAAUUGGCAAUGCUUGCUGGGAGCUUUACUGCCUCGAACAUGGAAUCCAGCCUGAUGGCAGAAUGCAAUCAGACAAAAGUAGAGCAAAUGGUGAUGAUGCUUACGGCACAUUUUUCAGUGAAACCUCCGGAGGAAAACAUAUACCUAGAUCAGUUAUGGUGGACUUGGAACCAUCCGUGAUAGAUGAAAUUCGCACGGGAACGUAUAAGCAAUUGUUUCACCCAGAACAACUCAUCAAUGGAAAAGAAGAUGCAGCAAAUAAUUAUGCAAGAGGGCAUUAUACAAUUGGAAAGGAUAUUAUCGACGUCGUCCUUGACCGCAUAAGAAAGCUAUCCGAAAAUUGUCUUGGUUUACAGGGAUUCUUGAUUUUCCAUUCUUUCGGCGGCGGUACUGGAUCCGGUUUUGCAUCAUUACUAAUGGAACGUCUAUCUGGUGAUUAUGGAAAAAAGUCUAAAUUAGAAUUUGCAAUAUAUCCAGCUCCUCAAGUAUCAACUGCCGUGGUUGAACCUUAUAAUUCCAUCCUUACAACUCACACCACUUUGGAACAUUCAGACGUUGCAUUCAUGGUCGAUAACGAAGCUAUAUAUGACGUCUGUAGACGUAGUUUAGAUAUUGAUCGUCCAUCCUACAUGAAUCUGAAUAGACUCAUAGGCCAAAUCGUAUCAUCUAUCACGGCUUCAUUACGAUUUGAUGGUGCUUUAAAUGUCGAUUUGACCGAGUUCCAGACUAACUUAGUGCCCUAUCCUAGAAUACAUUUUCCGUUGGCCACUUACGCUCCAGUAGUCUCAUCUGAAAAGGCUUAUCACGAACAGAUGAGUGUUGCAGAAAUAACAAGCGCAUGCUUUGAACCCAACAAUCAAAUGGUGAAAUGCGAUCCUCGCCAAGGAAAAUAUAUGGCAUGCUGUAUGCUUUAUAGGGGAGAUGUUGUACCGAAGGAUGUCAACGCUGCCAUCAGUAUUAUCAAAUCUAAACGCGCAAUACAAUUCGUAGACUGGUGUCCAACUGGUUUCAAAGUUGGCAUCAACUACCAGCCACCAACGGUGGUACCGAGUGGAGAUUUGGCAAAAGUUCAGAGGGCAGUAUGCAUGCUGGCAAACACGACUGCAAUCGCCGAGGCUUGGUCCAGAUUAGACCAUAAAUUUGAUUUAAUGUAUUCUAAGCGAGCUUUUGUGCAUUGGUAUGUUGGAGAGGGUAUGGAGGAAGGAGAGUUUUCAGAAGCUCGCCAGGAUCUGGCAGCUCUAGAAAAAGAUUAUGAAGAAGUUGGAAUGGACACCGUUAAUGAAGACGAUAGCAGCGAAUACUGA